AUGUUGUACUUUUUCAAGACAAUGUUGUACUUUUUCAAGACAAUAUUGUACUUUUUCAAGACAAUAUUGUACUUUUUCAAGACAAUAUUGUACUUUUUCAAGACAAUGUUGUACUUUUUCAAGACAAUAUUGUACUUUUUCAAGACAAUGUUGUAUAAAUUCAGUACAAUAUUGUACUUUUUCAAGACAAUGUUGUAUAAAUUCAGUACAAUGUCUCUCAAAUUUGAGUACAGCUGUACUUUUUCAGAACAAGUCUUGAACUUUUUCAGAACAAUGUUGUACUUUUUCAGAACAAUGUUGUACUUUUUCAAGACAAUGUUGUACUUUUUCAAGACAAUAUUGUACUUUUUCAAGACAAUAUUGUACUUUUUCAAGACAAUAUUGUACUUUUUCAAGACAAUGUUGUAUAAAUUCAGUACAAUAUUGUACUUUUUCAAGACAAUGUUGUAUAAAUUCAGUACAAUAUUGUACUUUUUCAGAACAAUGUUGUAUAAAUUCAGUACAAUGUCUCUCAAAUUUGAGUACAGCUGUACUUUUUCAGAACAAGUCUUGAACUUUUUCAGAACAAUGUUGUACUUUUUCAGAACAAUGUUGUACUUUUUCAGAACAAUGUUGUA